UUAAGUGACCACUGGGGCACUCAGUACAGUGCCAGCCAGCCAGAGAGGCGCUGGCCGAGGACAAGGCCUCCUCCUGGGGCCAGUGCCCCUCUUCCCACCUUUCCUUGCUGGCUGCUGGCUGCCUUGAGGCCUGCAGCAGUGUCACUGCAGCAGACCCUGCCUGGCACUUGGCAUGCACUUCUGGGCGCUGUCCAUGGUUGCAGCAUCUUUCAGCGCACCGCGUCAGGAGGCCACCGCGGGGCUCUGCGAUUGGCCAAGGAGCCCCUCGCCACCCCCACCAGCUGCCCCGCGUCAGGGCCCCCGAGGCGCGCGCGUGCCAGCAGGCUGGUGGCGGUCCCUGGGCUCCCGGGCGGCACACCCACUUUCCUUAUUAGGACAGAGUCGGAGCUGGAGCUGCCGCGGGGCGUGGGCUGGGCAAGCCGCCCAGAGGAAGCAAGGAGGGCUCAGUCCCGGCCGGCCCGCCUAGGGAGCGGCUGGUCCCUGCGCAAAGCGACCACUUUCUGGAGAUCCCGCUCAAGUCCACCGCAGCUCUCCUCUCUCGGCGCUCUCCAUCCGGACCCCUGGUCCCAGUUCCUAGCAGAGACAUGGAAGAAUUUUUGCAACGCGCCAAAUCUAAACUGGAUCGAAGUAAACAAUUGGAACAGGUCCACGCAGUUAUUGGACCUAAGUCAUGUGACCUGGAUUCUCUCAUUUCUGCCUUCACAUAUGCAUACUUUCUGGACAAGGUCAGUCCUCCCGGGGUCCUCUGCUUGCCAGUGCUGAAUAUCCCAAGAACUGAAUUCAACUACUUCACAGAGACAAGGUUUAUUUUAGAAGAGCUGAACAUCCCUGAAUCAUUCCACAUAUUCCGAGAUGAGAUUAACCUGCAUCAGCUGAACGAUGAAGGGAAACUGUCGAUAACGCUCGUGGGCAGCCACGUCCUGGGGAGUGAGGACAGAACUUUGGAAUCGGCAGUUGUCAGAGUCAUUAACCCCGGAGAGCAGAGUGAUGGUGAGCUGGGGUUCCCGGAGACUUCCUCCUCUCUGGUGCUGAAGGAGCUCCUGCGUGAGGCUCCAGAACUCAUCACCCAGCAGCUGGCACAUCUCCUCAGAGGCAGCAUCCUGUUCACGUGGAUGAGUAUGGAUCCUGAGCUCCCGGAGAAGCAGGAGGAAAUCCUCUCCAUCCUGGAAGAACAGUUUCCCAACCUCCCUCCGAGGGAUGAUAUCAUCAACGUGCUGCAAGAGAGUCAGCUCAGUGCUCAGGGUUUAAGUCUUGAACAAACAAUGCUGAAAGAUCUAAAGGAGCUGUCAGACGGUGAAAUAAAAGUGGCCAUCAGCACCGUGAACAUGACCCUGGAGGACUACCUGCUUCACGGCAACAUCACCAGUGAUUUAAAAGCCUUCACAGACAAGUUCGGCUUUGACGUCCUCAUUCUGAUCUCAAGCUUCACAUGGGAGGAACAGCAGAGGCAGCAGAUCGCCGUGUACUCCCAGAACCUGGAACUGUGCAGCCAGAUUUGCUGUGAGCUAGAAGAAAGUCAGAACCCUUGCCUGGAACUGGAGCCCUUCGAAUGUGGCUGUGAUGAGAUCCUGGUAUACCAGCAGGAAGACCCUUCUGUGACCUCCGACCAGGUGUUUCUUCUUCUUAAGGAAGUCAUCAAUAGGAGGUGUGCAGAGAUGGUCUCUAACAGUCGGACAUCCUCAACAGAAGCCGUGGCAGGCAGCGCCCCGCUGUCCCAGGGCUCUUCCGGGAUUAUGGAAUUGUAUGGAUCUGACAUAGAGCCACAGCCCAGCUCUGUGAAUUUCAUAGAAAACCCCCCAGAGCUCAACGAUUCUAACCAAGCUCAGGCGGAUGGCAACAUAGACCUGGUUAGCCCUGACAGUGGGUUGGCCACCAUCAGAAGCAGUCGCUCGUCCAAGGAAAGCUCCGUCUUCCUCAGUGACGACAGCCCCGUGGGAGACGGUGGUGCGCCUCACCAUAGCCUUCUCCCAGGAUUUGACUCCUACAGCCCCAUUCCUGAAGGGAUAGUUGCGGAGGAGCAUGCUCACUCCGGGGAACACAGUGAACACUUUGACCUCUUCAACUUUGAUUCAGCGCCCAUAGCUUCAGAGCAGUCCCAGCCGUCUUCCCACUCUGCAGACUACUCGCCAGAAGACGACUUCCCCAACAGCGAUUCAUCAGAAGGGAACCUCUCUGCCGGGCCUAAGGGGCUUGGUGAGAUGGGGAUCAACAUGUCCAAUUACUCCUCUAGUUCUCUUUUGUCAGAGGCUGGUAAAGACAGCCUUGUGGAAUUUGAUGAAGAGUUUAUCCAGCGACAAGAAAGCUCAGGGGAUAACUCUGAAAGAAAUUUAAGCCUGACAUGUUUUGCGGGAGAGGAGCCUUCUUCCCCUGAAAGGCUGAAGAAUCCUGGAAAGAUGAUCCCACCAACACCUAUGAACAGCUUUGUGGAAAUCUCACCAUCAAAUGAGGAGCCAACUCCACUCUAUCCUGAAGAUAUAAUCCAAAAUGCAAUUGACACCGGACAUCUGGGCCCACCUCAGGCCCGUGCACGGUGCAGAAGCUGGUGGGGUGGCUUGGAGAUUGACUCUAAAAACGUUGUAGAUACAUGGAACGCCAGUGAACAAGAAUCUGUCUUCCAGAGCCCUGAACCAUGGAAAGAUCCUAAGCCUGAGCCAGUUGAGAGGAGAACCUCAGAUUCCACAUUCCAACCAAAGAGUCUUGAAUUCUCAAAGUCAGAUCCUUGGGAAUCUGAGUUUGGACAGCCUGAACUGGGCAACAAAGAAGCCCAGGACCAGAAGGAGGAAAGCUUGCAAUACCAGCACUUGCCUACAGUAAGGCCACAUUUGACAGAUGCCUCUCCUCAUGGGACAAACCACUUGAUAGAGGACUUUGCUGCUUUGUGGCAUUCAGGACACUCACCAACAACAAUGCCUGAGCCCUGGGGAAACCCCACCGAUGCUGGUGAAGCUGCAGUUACGAUGUCCUUCCCCACCUGGGGUGCAUUUGAUAAAGAAGAAGAUAAUGCUGACACAUUAAAGAAUACUUGGAAUCUCCAUCCCACUAACAACGAGACACCUUCAGGGCAGGAACCAAGUGAAUGGGCUAUGGGCCAAAGUGGGUUUUCAUUCCCUGCAGCAGACCUACUUGACAAUCCCCUCAUUGAGGUAAAUAAAGAUGCAGCUCCAGAAAUCUGGGGCAAGAACAACAGCUCCAAGGAUACCAGUCUUACGUCUGGAAGUCCCACUUCAGAUCUGGGUCAAACGUGGAAUAAUUCUAAGCUACCAGGGGAAGACCAGAAUGGCUUGGUGGAUCCUAAAGCUACAGGGAAGGUAUAUGAGAAGGAAGGGUCCUGGAGCCUCUUUGAGGAGAGUGCUAAGAAAAGAGGGGCUGAUGUUUUAGCUCCUUGGGAAGAUUCCUUCUUGUCCUAUAAAUGUUCUGAUUACAGUGCAUCCAACAUAGGAGAAGAUUCAGUCCCAUCUCCAUUAGACACCAACUACUCCACCUCUGACUCUUACACAUCACCAACAUAUGCUGGGGAUGAAAAAGAAAUAGCAAACAAGCCAGUUGACAAAGAUAAUGGUUUUGAGGCAAAAGAUGCUGAAUUUCCUGCAGAGGGGCUUGAGGUUCUUGCAACAUCAUCACAGCAGUCUCAGAGAAAUCGAAUUGGUUCUGGUCCUGGGAAUCUAGACAUGUGGGCAUUGCCUCACACAGAAGAUAAGCCUGAAGGAAAUGACGCACAUCACCCAGAUAGCGAUGCGCUCAAGACGGAGCACGCAGAAGACAAAAAUGCUUCCAUGGAGGAUGACGUGAGGGAAAGCAGCCCGUCCAGUUACGAUGACCCUAGCAUGAUGCGACUGUACGAGGCAAACCGGCAGCUCACCCUUCUACACAGCAACACCAACUCACGCCAGGCAGCCCCUGACAGCCUUGACACAUGGAACCGAGUGACUCUGGAGGACACGCAGUCCACUGCAACGAUCUCGGACAUGGAUAAUGACUUGGAUUGGGAUGACUGCAGUGGGGGCGUGGCGAUCAGUGGGGAUGGUCAAGCAGAAGGUUACAUAGCUGCAAACAGUGAACCUGAAACCCGGUUCUCAGUGAAGCAGCUGGAACCAUGGGGUACAGAACAUCAGGAAGCAAAUCAGGUAGACUGGGAUCUCUCUGCCUCUGCUGAGCCCACAGGGGAUCCUGGUCCCAGUGAAUACCAGACCCUAAAUGAGAAAACUGGGCAGUUAAUUGCAAACAGUAUUUGGGAUUCUGUCAUGGGAGAUAAAAAUAUGCCAUCAUUCAGAUUACCUAGCCCACCAAAUACUGUAGAUAUGGAACACGGCACUUGGCCUUCUGAAAGUCCCAGGCACUCAAAUGGUAAGGACAGCCACAUGUUAGAAGCCUCUAGACUCAGUGAGUCGGGAGGGCUUACGUCUCAACCUGUCAACCAGGACACGUGGGGAGACUCCCAAGGUGACACAGCAUCCUCGGUGACCGGACUGGCAAGUCCAGAACACUUUGCACAGUCAGAUCCAUGGACAGGCCAUACUUAUGGGCAGAGUGAAAGUGAGAUUGAAGGCCUGGUGGCCUCUGAUUGUGAGCAUCUUGACAAGGAGGCAGCGCUAGGCUCUGGAGUGAAUGGUGCCCCGUGGGCUUUUGGAAAAAAGCCCAGGGACCAGGAAUUCUCUUCUUCAGAUGCAUUUGAACACCAAGACAUCUCCAGUGCAUCAGGCAAAAUCAGCUCUCUUUCAGUCACCUCCAGUCCUCAGAGUGAGGAACCAGGGGAGGCCUUAGAAGUCGAGAAGGAGCCUUUCAUUCUAGACUCCCUUGCUGUGCAAACAGAGACAUUCACAUGGGAUUUGCAAAGCAAAGACACCCAUGAAGAAUCUCUAGUGGAUCAUAGAAAUUUAGGUGAAGCCAACACAACAUUGGAUAGGAUUAAUCCAAUGAAAAACAGGCCCUUAUCUGGAAUGGAACUUGAGAAAACUGAAGCCUGUACCAUUCUGAAGCCAGAAAGAGCAAAUGGAAAACUACUUUAUGAAUCUUCUCAAGACUUUGGUGUUUGGGAUGGCCCGAUGGAUAGUGAUGUGUGGGAUAGUCAUAUAAGUUAUGAGACAGCUAUGAAUUCUACAGGUCAGAGAACUGAGGAAAGAUCUCUAGAAGCCCUUUCACCAGGAAACUAUGACAGAGACAGCCUCUCUAGUGGGUGUACGCAUUCCAGUGCAUCAAGUCCUGACCUACAUGAUUCCUCAGUAGCCUUGUCCUCCUGGACUUACGGACCCAGUGCUGAACAUCAGAAAGAGAAUCAUGAUGAUGCGAACAAACAGAUUCACCAAGAAUCAGAACUAUUUACCACCGAAGCCCAUGUAGAUGUCAUUACUGAAAUGAAGGACUUUGUAGAAAACAGGGAGGAUGGCUUUGGAAAGAUGUCCAAUCAGGAAGAUCCUCAAUUCCCAGAGAUUCCAAAUGAUCCCUUCAACAGUGGUCCCUCAUCCUCUUCAUCCAGCCUUGGAGCAGAUAAAUAUUCAGAAUAUUCUCAUGCAUAUCAGGAAGGGGAUCUAACGACUAAACGUCAAGAGGAAAAUGAACUUGGUUUUCUGGAAAUUGUGGAGCCAGAGGGUACCAGGAUCAUAUCCACAAGCUCAGGUUCUGGCAAUGACAGUGGGGGUGACGAAGAGUUGCUAGAGAAGGAGCUCCAUUUGGCCACAGUUGCUCAGAGUGAAGCUGGGGCUUGCACUUCAUUGCAUGAACCUGCGUUCUCGGCCACAGAGCAUUCCAAGCCUGAGUUUUCUGUCUUUGUGGGUAGUUUGGAGUCAAUAGAGAAAGAGAACAAGUCAAGCCCGUUCAGUGACAGUCAACAGAGCAGCCCUGGUCAGUGGAUUUUGUCACCACUCAUGCAGGCUGACACACAGGACACAUGUAAGGAGGAGACCAGAGCUGCAGAAACGGGGACAAUGGAUACCACGUGGCAUGGAUCUGCCAGCACGGAAGCUAAGAAUGGGGACCCUGACAAAUUGGAAAUGCUUGGCUUCUCAGCUGACAGCACUGAGUGGUGGAACGCUGGGGCACAGGAAGGGAGAGCAAACGCCGGUAUGUCUGCAGAGGAGUUGUCUAACUCAGAGGGUGAGCUAGAGCCUACUUCUCCAGUGUUCCAGAACGCUGGUCCGUGGAGCUUACCCAUUCAGAAUGAUAGUGAACCUGUGGACACAGGCAGCACCAAUCCUUUCCGUGGUAAACUAAAGUCACCCGUCCUAGAUAGUCAUGGAGACAAGUCACAGGAGAAACUUUGGAACAUUCAACCUAAGCAGCUGGAUUCAGAUGCCAAUCAACUCAGCCAGCUUGUGAUCCUGGACCAAAUGAAGGACAAAGAUUCUGGACAGCAAACAGCCAUGUCUCCUGCUGCUGGUGAUCUUCCUGCAGAAACUCUCACCCAAGGGCAGGGCCGGGAAUCUAUGCUGUCUGUCUGGGACCGUGCAGAACCAGCAUUAACUCACAGAGAUGAAAAUGGAUGUGUUAGCACUGGGGUUUCACCCACUGAGUGCCAACAAGAGAACCAGUGGGAACCAGAAAAACCCUAUCUCAGCCACGUGACACAUUCAAGCACUCCCACAGAAAAUGCCCUCGAGAGCAAUGCCCCCACACAACUGAUGAGGAAGCUGGACUCUGAUUGGAAUAGCCCCAGCCCCAGCGAACCCCAACAUAACUUUGUUCCAGAUAUUUUACAUGGCAACUUCGAAGAGGGUGGGCAGCUGGCCUCGGCGUCACCUGAUUUGUGGAUGGAUGUCAAGCAACCCUUCAGUUUUAAAGUAGAUAGCGAGAAUCCUGAUAUAUUGACUCACUGUGACCAUGACAGCAACUCUCAGGCAUCCAGCAGCCCUGACGUGUGCCACGAUUCUGAAGGGGAGCAAAAGAUGGAGAAGCAUACUGCUGUUUACCUGGGACUUGAAGUGGAACCCAGUGAGUUUUCUCUCACCGAGCCAAACAUGAAUGAUGAACCAACUUGGGAACCUGAGCAGGAAAGUCUCCCACACAAUUCAGAACUCCAUUCCGAACACGCAAUGCCCUUGCCUCCAAUCGACAGUCAGAAUGAUAUAAAUAACUCAUCUAAGCCUGCCUCUUCAAGAAGUUCCCCAGAACCCUCUGAUAUGCGCGGAGACAACAACACAAGUGUAACAUCGAUGGAAGAAGACACCAACCCAGAGGUAGAAGCAGUGGACAGCGUGACGAUCCCAGGUCACUUCCCCAGAAGUGAAGACGCUGACACUUUUGAAGCUCACCAAGAGGUCAGUGUGGAAGUCGACGACUCUUGGGUGUCAAAAGACCUUUGUCCUGAAAGUCAGACAGGCACUAGAGCUCUGCUUGACUGUGAGCAACCGUUUGCUUCCGAGAGCCCUGCUGUACUUACGGACAUCUUCCUAACCUCAGACACCUGCCUGGAUGUAAGCGAAGCUGCCUUGGAUCACAGUUUCAGUGAUGCCUCCGGCCUCAACACUUCCACAGGCACUAUAGACGACAUGAGUAAGCUGACUCUAUCGGAAGGCCAUCCCGAAACACCAGUUGACGGGGAUGCAGGGAAGCAAGAUGUCUGUUCAUCUGAAGCUUCCUGGGGUGAUUUUGAAUAUGAUGCAAUGGGUCAGAAUAUUGACGAAGAGCUGAUGAGAGAGCCUGAACACUUCCUCUAUGGUGGUGAUCUUCCGUCAGAGGAAAGCGCGCUGAAGCAAUCACUGACACCAUACACACCCCCCUUUGAUUUGUCCUAUCUCACGGAACCUACUGGAUGCACUGAAACUGCACAGGGAGCUGAGUCUCCAGGUGAUGAAUCUCUGGGAAGUGACGCGGCAGAGAUGUUGCUUUCUGCUCUUCCAGAUCACAGGGAGGAAGACAAGGCUGAGACCAACAUCAGGAAACCUAGAUACCAGAUGACUGUGUUGCAUAUUCAUGAAGACCCUGAGGCUCUUUCAUCACCUGUGGGAGGAACAGGUUCCAAUAAUGAGUCAUCUCCAUCAAACAUUGACUGGGAAAUAGAAACAGAUAAUUCAGAUUCACCAGCAGGUGGCGACAUGAAACCACCAAACGGCAAGGAGAUACUGGAGUUAGAAGAAGAUGAGAAAGUAAUUCCCACGAAAGGGCCAAAGCAAACAGAAUUAGAAUACAAAGAAGAAAAACAGCCAGAGCAAAGUGAAGACCAUCAGGUACUAGCUGUGGACUACAUCCUUGUAAGCCAUGAAAAAGAUUCACCAUUGAAACCAGAGGCCAGGGAAGCAAGAGAAAACAUACCCGAAUUGGAACAAUUAUCCAUAGGUUCCAGAGAAACAGGGCUACCAGAGACUCAGUUAUCAGGCACCCCAGACACAUGUCAGUCUGAGUUUUUAAAUGAUGUCAAAGUUCAUUCUGCAGAGAGAAUGUCUUCGUCUUCCAACCACGAGAGUGCAUCUCUUGAAAACCCUGCACAAGACCAGAGUUGGAUGGUCUUGAGCCAUAGUGAGGUUGGUGACCCGCCUACAGAAACCAGGGACUCGGGGCCUGAGUCUCCUGGUAGAACUCCGGAGCCGUUCUUGAGUCUCAGUUUGGACAAGGGCCCCAAGUCCCAGGUUCUGGAAAGAAAUAAGCCUCUAAAUUCUUUAGCACUAGAGGAAGUUGCUGGUUUGAGCAGCCAAUCAAGGAACAUCGAGAGACAAGGUCAAGCUGGUCUAGAUGCAGUUCCAACCCAGGCGGCCACCCACGACAAUGAAUGGGAAAUGCUUUCGCCACAGCUCUCCCGGAAAAACAGGAACCCUCCACAGGAAAUGGAAGAAGAGACACAGUGCCCUGAGCCUGGACCCAGAAAGCCAAGACUGAAAGGACCCCCGUCAGAGGAUGAAGGAAUGGAUAUCCACUUCGAGGAGGGAGUGCUGAGUCCCAGUGCCGCAGACAUGAGGCCCGAACCUCCCAAUUCUCUGGAUCUCAAUGGCAGUCACCCUAGAAGAAUCAAGCUCACAGCCCCAAAUAUCAACCUCUCUCUGGACCAAAGUGAAGGAUCUAUUCUCUCUGAUGAUAACCUAGACAGUCCGGAUGAGAUUGACAUCAAUGUGGAUGAACUCGAUACCCCUGAUGAAGCAGACUCUUUUGAAUAUACUAACCAUGAAGAUCCCACGGCCAACAAAAGCUCUGGUCAAGAGUCAGAGUCUAUUCCAGAAUAUACGGCUGAAGAGGAGCGAGAAGACAACCGGCUGUGGAGGACGGUGGUCAUCGGGGAGCAGGAGCAACGGAUUGACAUGAAGGUCAUUGAACCCUACAGGAGAGUCAUUUCUCACGGAGGAGACUCAGGAUACUAUGGGGACGGUCUGAAUGCCAUCAUUGUGUUUGCUGCCUGCUUUCUGCCAGACAGCAGCCGGGCGGAUUACCACUAUGUCAUGGAAAACCUUUUCCUAUAUGUAAUAAGUACCUUAGAGCUGAUGGUUGCUGAAGACUACAUGAUCGUGUACUUAAAUGGUGCAACCCCAAGGCGGAAGAUGCCAGGACUAGGUUGGAUGAAGAAAUGCUACCAGAUGAUUGACAGACGGUUGCGCAAGAAUUUGAAGUCAUUCAUCAUUGUUCACCCAUCUUGGUUCAUCAGGACAAUCUUAGCAGUGACUCGGCCUUUUAUAAGCUCUAAAUUCAGCAGUAAAAUUAAAUAUGUGACUAGCUUAUCUGAGCUCAGUGGCCUGAUCCCCAUGGACUGCAUCCACAUUCCAGAGAGCAUCAUCAAGUAUGAUGAAGAGAAAUCUUUUAAGAGAAGUGUGAGACUGGAUGAAGAACUGAGGGAGGCAUCCGAAGCAGCUAAAACUAGCUGCCUUUACAAUGAUCCAGAAAUGUCUUCUAUGGAAAAGGACAUUGACAUGAAGCUGAAGGAGAAGCCGUAGCUGGCCUGCUGGAGGAGGACUCCCUUUCUGCUUGGUGAUUUUGCUGGGACGUACCUACCUGGAAGCAACAGGGAUGGUGACAUCUCCACUUUGCACCACCUGGUGCCAUUGGAAACUUUCAAGGAAAAGAGAAUUUGUUUACUGUUAACAUAUCCUAUGAAAUGUUGUGUCUUUUCCUAUUUUGCCAAUUACGUGCCUCAAUGAUUUUAGUUGAACCUUAGCAACUAAACCUUCCGUUUAGUUUUAUGGACCUUCCAUUUUUACUAUUAUGCUAAUCUUCGGUGCAGUGGGACUUGGUUCCUUAGACUGGUUUUUACCAAAAGCAUAGCCUAGUUCUGCUGUUAGACAGAUGUGGAUAUGUUUCUGUAGACUGACUGAAUCCCUACAGAGCUUCCUUCUAGAUUCAGGAUGCACAGGGCUUGCCUUGUCCCAGGAACAUGGCUUUCUGGAACUCUAUGAAAUGCUGAACUUGAAUAGGACAGACAGACAGAUAUAAAAUCCUCAUCAGCUAAGGCAUCUGCCCCCUUCCUGUCCACAUCUUUCAGUUUUUCAAAAGGACCCGGGCUUUCUAACCCAUGCAAGCUUUACUUUAUAUUUCUGCAUGUAAAUUGCUCUUUUACAACAUCAUCUUCUAGUGAGCUUUGAAGAACUGCAUCUUGUGAAACUUAAGACGAGCUAUGCUUCAGGCCACAGAACAGGCUCCAACCUUUACACUUCGUCCAACUCCAAGGUGGCCCACUGAGAAAUCACUGGGUAACAUCGAAUCGUCCAAAAUUAACACUCAGAUGCAUUGCAAAAGCAAUCUGCUUGAGGAAGUUUAAAAUUAAAUACAAGUAUAUACUAGCCUUUAUGAAAUAGCUCAUUUCUUGUUUUUUAUAUGCCCCUAAAUUGUUACGGCAAUUUCCAGUCUGUGGAUCUCCAGCAGAGGUUGGCAAGCUGUACCGAGGAGGCUAAGGCUCCAAAGCAAGAGAAGGUGGCUUCCACACUUACAGUUGAAAACAAAAAUUACCACUUAACUGUCUGAAGCUUCUUUUACUCAUUCUCCACCAGAACUGAACAGUGACAACAGACAGUUCUUCACAAAGCCAGAACACUAUCUUUACAGGAGAAAAAACAAAGUGUGCUGACCCCUACGAGACCAAAUAUCCAUUCCCUCCCUGGUCUCCCUGCUCUGAGUAUUUAUUUAAAUGCUUUCCCCAACUGAGUACACAGAGGUGGUUGUAAUCUCAUUUGGUUUUGUCAAAAACAUUUUUAUUUUCUUUCAAGGCAGGAUCUCACCAUGUAGCCCAAAUUGGCCUAGAACUCACUAUGUAGACCAAGUCAGCCUCAAAGUUGUGGCAAUCCGCCUGCCUUAGCCUCCCAAGUGCAGGUAUUAUUAUAGGCUUGCACCAUCAUAUCUGGACUUGUAAAGAAAAUUUCGACAUUUACAGACAGUGAAACAUCACCUGUGGCCUACUGAGAAAAGCGAUGGGUCUUUCUCACAAAAGUGUGGCUCUCUUAAAGCAUGGGAUUGCUAGACUCAAACUGAAAAUGUCCGAAAACUCUUUAGACUCACUCACUCUUCAAAGUCAUCCGUUACCAAGCAGCUGGCAAGACAGGCCCUGCCUGGUGGCUUUGUAGGAGAGCUGCAGACACUCUGAGCCCUGAAGAAGUCUCCUCAACAGGGAGGCUUCUUAGCCCAGGUGCCAGAGGUCUUCUGACUUUAUCUGCUUCAUGUCUGUUUCCAAUCUGUCUUCCGUACAAGCUCACACAAUAUACGUGAGCCGGUCGGUUCCCUUCCCUUCAUAAAGCUCCAUUAUUUACUUUCACCUGUUGAUCCUGUUCAACUUAGUUUUUUUUACCUUUGUCUUUUUUUCAAUCUCCCUUCUCUCUCUCUCUCUUUUUUUUUUUUUUUUUUUUUUUUUUUUUUUUUUUUUGCUAAUUCGAUAGAAAAACCUCAGAAUCAUCUAGGCUCCCACAGCCUGCCCUGCCCUUUGGAAGCCCACCUCAAACAUCAUGGUGAUAGGAAUAUAGUUACCCAAUAUCCUGAUUCGCUCACCUGCUUAACAUAUUAACUCCUUUAUAUUCCAUUCUGGAAGAUGAAUUUCACAUUUCCCCUAGCCAUGUUAAACUUAUGUUGUUGUGAGAACUGCAGAGUUUGGCUCAGCAGAUCUGUAGACAUGGGACUCUUUUCAUAACCAACCAGACAUGGCAACAGGCAAACAGGCACACCAUUCACACUUUCUCUGAGUCUGUGUAUGGAAAAUGACUCACUCGUGUGGCAUGGCAAAGUAAAUUUAAUGUGAGCAGUUUCACGUCAAUGAUAUUUGGAAAAUCCUAUGGGCUGUAAUACCAUUACAAUAUUUAAGCACAUGUUAUCUUACUAUCUUCAAAAAACAAGUUACUUUAAUUGCAUGUGCUAGAGAAAAGCUAUCAUGCUCAUCAAAUGAAUAGGCUUCUAGGGAAUUCUGGGAAAAUAGCCCAUAAACAGGUAGAUGUAACUCUCACGUCGCUCAGCUGUAGCGCCUGCACCCUGGGCAUUCUUGCUUUGGUCUGGACUGCCAGGACCUGCUUUGCACUUUUUCCUGUAGAUUUGUAGUUAAGGGAACACCGAGGGGUCAUUGAGGCAGGAGUGGUGUUCACUCUGAGUUCCAGCUAGUACUUAGCUGGAUUUUGACUAAGGCUGAAACAAAAACCUUCACAGAAGGUAGUUGUUGAAGAGUGAGAACAACUGGGGGUGGAGGAAGACCCCAAAGUUCCUAUUGAAGCCAUACAGUGUUAUAUAAGGUUCCUCCCUAGGGCAUACUGAUGAGCAAAGAGGCCACCCUCCCUAGCACACAUCCUUAGGAUGUAACUUUGAGAGUCCCUUCAUGGUUCUGCACAACCCUUGUCUUAUCACUAUGCCCCAGUGGUCUGCUACUUUAGGAAUAUCUAGGUGUGCACAAACUUAACCUUUUCUAUAUCUAAAGAGUUUUCUACGUGUAUCGGAUUGCUCAGAAUAAAGUAUAUAUUAGACGAGUUUUGGUAAAGAAAUAAAUUCUAUCUGGAUAGUAUGGUUUAAAAAUAUGAAAAUAUGUUAAGAACACAAUGUAUUGCUAUACCCUUACUGUGUAAUUCAGAAAUAAAAAUAGAUUCCACACAUUGUGGUUUCCUCUUUCAACUCAG